AUGGACAGUGGGGAUCAAAAUAAAGAAAACAUAAAUGAAGCAAUAAAGCUUGCAGAACUCCAACUACAAAUCAAACAAGAAGAAACUAAACACAAGGAGAUCGAAAGAGACAUAGUUUUGGCACAAGAAGAAACUAAACAAAAAGAAUUGGAAUUUAAAUACAACCAAUGGAAGGUCCUACAAACACCAGUGAACCAACCAGAAAUUAAACAAGGUACAAGACCAUUAGGAAAAAAACGACCAUAUCUUGGCGAAAAAUUUACAACAAAACGAAUGAAAACGAAAGCUAAAGGAUCAUCAUCAUCGACUGAUCAAAGUACAACUGCGAGCAACAUUCAAUCUACAGAUACAAGUUCAACAUGCAGUAAAUCAGCAGCUACAACUUAUCAGCCGAUGACUUGCUCAAGCGCAUCCCGCUUAUGUGAUAUUGCACACAAUGAUGAUUUUUAUUGUCAAAAAAUGACUAACAACAUUAUUGAAUUUAAAAUCCAUUCAUUAUUAAAUGAUAAUCUUUGUUUAUUAAAUGAUGAUGAUUAUAAUGAUAAUAUUGAACUAUGUAUUAAAAAUUACUUAGAAGAUAUUCAAAAUUCAUUGGAUAAUUUUCAAUCAUUUGAUACUAUGUUAGAAAUAAUAUUACAAACAGCAUUUGACAACUUCAUGUUUACGUUAUUGACAUCAUUCAAGAAUUAUACAGUAUUGCAAUAUUUAAAUACAUCUAAUAAACAUUAUUUAGAUGGUUUCAGUCCUGACUGUAGUUACAUAUUCAAAAAUGUUUCAAUUAAAUCUACGAGUAUUGCGAAGGUGUUAUCAAAUUUUCUUAUUUGUUUUGGUGAAUUAAAAUCAUCAACAAAUGGUAAUAUUAAAACUGCUAUGAUUGGACAAAUAGGAAGAUAUUUAUAUAUGUUAAAUAAAACACAAGGUUGGAGAAAAAUUUAUGCAUUUUUAUAUGAUUUUCAUACAGUAACAUUUUUUUAUUGUGAAAAAAUGUUGGAUAAAGAUGAUUUACAAUAUUAUCAAAGUGAAACAUUAAAAUUAAUUGAAGAUAAUCCUGUAAAAUGGUCAAAUUUUGAUGUAAUAAAAAUAGGUAAAGAAUCAAAAGAAAUUUAUUUUAGUAAAGAAAAUUGGAAAAUAUUUAUUAAAUUUUUAACAAUGGAUUGGAAAUUUUAUGACUAUAAAAUGUUAAAUAUAAGUCCAUCUGAUUAUUUACUUGGUGAUAGUUAUGAAACAACAGACAGAUUAGGUAAAGGUGCAACUUCAAUUGUUUAUUUGUUAAAAAUGAAGGAAGAAAAAACAAACAAAAAUUCAAAAGACUAUGUAAUGAAGAUUUUACGAAAACACAGAUUUUCAUGGACUUUUCAACAUGAAAUGGAAAUAAUUAAGGAAUUAAGAAGAGGAAAAUAUUAUAUGUCGCCUGUUUUUCCAGAUAUUUUGGAUUCAUGGAGUUCAGAAAGAUUUUUGAUAUUUACUGAAGAAUUCCACCAUAUUGAUUCAUUUGAAUUAUGUCAUUCAAUGCAAAUGAUUAAUUUCGUUCGAUAUUUAUACAUAACGAAUUUAAUUCAUCGUGAUAUUCGUCCACCAAAUGUGAUGAUUGGUCCUAAUAAAAUGUUAAGAUUAAUUGAUUUUGGCUUUGCCUACAGAUUUAAAGCGAAUGAAACGGUACAAAAUUUACCAAUAGAAGGAACAACAACAUUUGCUGGUAUCGAUUUCUUAACAGAAUAUUUAAAUUUGAUAGAAGAUCCUCAUGGAACUGUAUGGUACAAUUAUGAACGAAAUUUUGAUUUAUUUUGUGCAAUUAAUGUUAUCACAUAUAUGAUAAAUAAAGAGUUUUGGCGUCCUGAUGGUAAAUAUCGCAAGAAAUAUACAAAGCGUGAUGAUGCUACUUGUUGUAUUGAUGGUCGUCGUCGUGUUAAUGUUCCCGAUCGUAGUGGUGAUUUUUAUGGUCGUGAAGGCGGUGGUGAUGGUGGUGGCCGUGUUUAUUCGGGUAGUCCUAGUGAUCAUUUUUAUUAUCAUACUGGUUAUCGUCCCUGGGGUGCUUAUGGGCAUGGCCCUGUCUUAUGGAAAAUGAUCGAAGAUUUUCAACCAUCACCAUGGGCUAGUGAAGAUAUUGAUGAUGAUAUUUAA